CUGAGCUAUAAAGAAGUCAUAGCAAAUUAAAACAAGGAACGACCCAAUGGUAGACUCUGUGCAUGCGCCCCGAGUCCUCGGGUCCUGGUGGUUCAACCAACAACUACACCCAUGUAGGCUCAAUUAUGGGAAGAAGAGUAGGAGCAGAAAGCUCGGAUCAGUGUAGAAUAAUAAGGAGGCUUAAGAAUUCCUAGCGUCUUCACUAUGAAUUACUGUAGUGUAUUCUCUCCGAGUCAUUCUGACCCUCUCUUCAUGUUGAAGUAAUCCAACUUUCACGAUGAGGUCUCUUUCCUUGCACUAUCUACUCACGCUCCCUCAAAUCUUCCCAUAUCCCAGUCACGCUCUCCAUGCGGUAUUUCCUCCAGUAACAAAAGCCCCUUUUCUUCCACAACCGAGCAACAUUCUCGAGCCGCGGGCUAUUAGCACUGAGCUCUCGACCUGUGGCUACCUAGACGGUGAUCCCAAAAAGAAGAGAACUGCCGAUUCUGGGUUCAACUGUCGAGUCGAUACACGCAAUAGCCUCUGGGGGUUUUGCCCUACAACUGUUCUAACAGCUUCGGACUGUGGAUUAGCGGGGAGUUGUGUUGAUCGCCAUGACUGCUCAGAUGGAUGUGGUAUGAUUGGUAGCAAAGGGUUGACGACAUUUACUUGUGAUCGCAAAUCAUUCUGUUCCAUGGCCCUUCUAACCUUUGGAGUGGACCAGACAUACUCCUACAUUGCCUGCGGAACUAAAGCCACUACCGACCAUUACUACAUAACCCCAACCAUUGGCAUCACAACAACGUCCGAGUCCAGUGAAUCGAGCACAUCAGAGACAUCACGAAUAUCUUUAGUCAUCUCAAGUGAUACGUCAUCAAGUACCACCGAUAUUACAAAAAGUGCUUCCACAGAAGGGACAAGCAGUUCUUCGGAAGAAGGAGAUUCAUCUGGAAGUCCCUCCCCUAAUGUCGGUGCCAUCAUUGGAGGAGUCAUUGGAGGACUCGUUGUUAUCUGCGGUACCAUAAUUACAGCGAUAUUCCUGCUUCGAAGAAACCGAAGUAAGGAUACACAAGCGGGCACAAUAGAACAGAAUAAAGAGGACCAAUCCACAAGACCUUGGAGACGCAGCAAAACAAAAGAGCCACAAGAGCUUGGAGGUUGGGACAUAUAUGAAAUGCCAGUUACCGAACAGAAUCAACGUCGAAGUCCAGUGGAACUUGCUGCGUGAGAAGGACAUUUGAACGGGUAGGGUAAUCGAUCAACACGAGUCUUAGGCUAUGGAAUAUUGUGCUAUUGAUUACCUUAUUAGUACAGCCGUUGGAUAUGAGUCGUGAAAAUACCGAAUUGCGAAAUGCAUGAGACAUAAAAUAUAUAUGUUUAAGUAAAGAAACCCGCUGUGCUUAGGGGAAGCUGGAAUCUGAUACGCCAUGGACCGAUGAUGCU